ACGACGCAGCUCGCUGAAGUGUAUUGUGUAUCGCAGACACGCUUCAACUGCACUCAGUAGAGUUCCAAGACGUCGCUGGAUCUAUCGUAAUCGUUUCAUUUGCACCGGGAGAGAAAUUUUUUUUUUUUCAUCUGAUAUUUUUCUUCCUUAUUGGAAACAAAACUGGAGUAUAUAUAUUAUUGCAUUUUCGAUCGGAACACAAUAACACCUUGACCGAUUAAUUCAUGCAGGUUUCGGCACGAAAUCUCCGAAGAAUGUUUUCUAUGUUGUACAUUCAGAACAUUGGCCAAAUCAUGUAUCUUUAUAGAUGCACAAUAACGCAUAUUUAAAAUGGCAGUACAUAAAUUUGAUAUUUACUGAUAAGAAUAUAACCCAUGACUUUUUGCCUGGAUUUUUCCACACAACUCUGCAGGGUUUAAAUACCAUGUUGGUCUUUCGCCGGUUGCUUUCAAAGAAACAAGGCUCGGAGAAGACGGAUUUUACAAAGCCAAAUGUGAAUUUCAUUUGAGCACAACUCCGAUUGAACUGCUCUUGCCAAGUAGCCAACAAGUGCAUUCGACGACGUAGAUGACGCCCUCUAAGCCUGGGGCACAGGAUAUUCUCCAUGAGGGAUGGUACUGAAAUCCCGGCGGCAAGGGGCAGCUUUAUCGCUCCUAAAGAAUAACUUAUUCAUGGUUCGGUGGAACUCGAAAAAGGAGAUGACAAUUUCAUUGCUGUACUUCCUCAUCUGCACCUCGUGUCUGCCCUAUGCCACCGCUGAGGAAGUCCUUAUACCUCGGGAACUGAUCGAGCGACUGUCGAACAGCGAAAUUUACAGCAUCAGCGCCCUCCAGAGACUCCUGGAGAUAGACUCCGUAGAUAAUGAGGUCAUGGAGGAGACUAAACAGAGGUACCGUAAGGAACGUUCCCACAACCACGCCCACCCAAAGAGCUCCCAGAUCCACAGCAGACGCAAGAGAAGCGUCGGUGAGCCAUCUUUCAAUGUCGUCCUUCUAGGCCCCUCUGUAUGUCCUCGUAUGGAAAUGCAGCCUACUGCAGGAUGUCCUCAUAAAGUUCUUCAACAUAUCACGACAGCUCACGAGGAGGCUGUUCCUGCAAGCUGUAAGAUACGGACGGUGAUCUACGAGAUCCCGCGCGGCCAGGUGGAUCCCACCUCCGCCAACUUCCUGAUAUGGCCACCGUGCGUGGAGGUGAAACGCUGCACCGGCUGCUGCAACACUGGCAACCUGCGCUGCCACCCAGCAGGCACACAACAACGCACUGUGAAGGUGGCUAAGGUGGAGUAUGUCCGGAGGAGGCCCAGGUUAAAGGAGGUUCAGGUGGAGCUGGAGGACCACCUGGAGUGUGUGUGCACCUCACAUCUUCACCUGGCAGGACACAAAGAACCAGACACAGGGCCGGUGCGCGUUAGGUCUCCAGGAAAAAAGAGGAAACGUAAAAAGCUAAAGCUCACCAAGGAUUUAUUGGCCACAUAGUUAAAAUUUUAAAUAAUAAGGUCUGUGGGGCCUGUGAGCCAAUCAGCAGGUGUCAGGUGAGUCCAAAAGAUCAGGCCCCCAGUCCACCUUCUCCCCGCCCCCCGAUGCCAGCCACCAUCCAUCCGACGUCUCAUUUUCUCGACGCGUCCUACUCAACUAACAGACGAUGACUGUAAUGCCAAAGGUGCUUCAUUAAAGUGUCCCUCAGUGACGUCUCGCCCCCUCAAGGCAUCAUCAAUCGAAUGCUGAUCGUGCCUCUCGGCGCAAGCUGGACCCUGUGCAGAAGUGACAGGGGAACGAGAACGUUUUAUUCUGCGAUGUUCAAACCUCAAAUGAAAAAGAAAAUGGGGGGGGGGGGCCUGGAUAAGCAUUUAUUUUGAAACUUUGGGGGAUGGAGGAAGCCAGAGUUGCCUUGGUAGCAGACAAAAAAAAACCCAGAAAAAACUACAGAAUGACUGAGUGUGGCAUUGUAGAGAGGGAUGCUGGGUAAAACAUAAUUAGCAGACACUGAAAAUGUCGACGCUUCUGUCUCUCGCCAAAUGUGCACUGACUGGAUACCUGCAUGCGGACAUGAAGUUCCCAGAUAGAUUUCCUCUCCUUGUUGUGACAAACAUGGUCUCUCUUAGAUGAGGAAAUACACACUAUAUAUAUAUUUUUCUCUCUAUAAAAAGAAAUACCACAUUAUGUCCUUAUGUUUGUAACCUUCAUUUGUUGCGCAUUGGAUUGUAUCCUGGUACAUACAGACCGUAAUACAGGGCUCCUUAGCCCAGCCUUUUCUAUUAAUAAACUAUUUAUAUUUA